AUGUGCAAGUAUGUUCCAGGGACUAGGAAAAUAGAAUUGUACCUAGAACAUCUAAGUCCGAAGCAAGCUGCCUUAAAACAUAAGCUUUUGAUGAAUUUAUAUGAGAGUGGCACAUUCAAAAAAGGUGUCAUUCUAGAAGAUAUUGAGGAAUCGAGGGUGGCGAUUUCGGUUACAAAGGGAAGUGGAUCAAAACUAAAGAAGGGUAGAGCAAAAGGGGGUGCUGAUCACUUAGAAAAAUGGCUAUGUCUUUUGAAUGACAUAGCCUACAAUUGUGAUGAUGAAAGGGGUGCUGAAGCAACUGAGGGAGGACAAGGAAGUGGAGAUAAAGUUGAAGAUGGUCCUCUCAAUGCUGAUAAUGAAGGUGAUGAAAACGAAAAAGGUCACGAAGCUGAAGAAGUUAAUGAAAGGGCUGAAUUAGAAGCUAAUGAAGAGGAUAACACUACUGAUAGUGAGUUUGUGGACAGUGACUACAGUUUGGAAGAUGAUGAUCGUCGUGCAGUAGAUGAUACAGUUGUAGAAAGUGUUAUUAGAGAUGCUGAAAGGGGUGAAGGGGUUGAGAACCAACAUCUAGAAGAAGUUAUUGAUGCAAGGGAUGUCAUCUACCCUGAGUUCAAUGAAGAUGAUCCAGAGUUUGAAAAAGGAUUGAAGUUCAGAGAUGCUGCACAGUUGAGAAAGACAGUGAUCUACAAUGAAGAUUCAAUGCAAGUGAAAACCUAUGUUGGGAAGCAUGAACGUUUGAGGAUUUGGAGGGAAAAUCCUAACUGCAAAGUGGCAUGGCUUGUGAAGAGGUAUGUGGACAAGUUUAGACUCAACCCAAACAUGCCCAUCACUGCAUUUAUGAAGACAGUGAAGGAGGAAAUAAUGAUUGAGAUCCACCUUAAGACAGCCUACAAAGUGAGAGCACAAUGUUUGAAAAUCCUAGAUGGAAGUAACGUGGAUCAGUACACAAAGUUGUGGGAGUACUAUGAUGAGCUUAGGAGGACAAACUCGGGUACUACAGUUCAGAUGAAAGUGCUGCCAUAUGAUGAUGCUCAUGUGAUAUUUCAGAGGAUUUACAUUUGUUUGGGGGCUUGCAAAAAUGGAUUUAAGGAUGGAUGUAGGCAGCUUGUAGGGUUGGAUGGUUGUCACUUGAAGGGAGUGUUCAAGGGCCAUGUUACUGCCUGUAGUGGGAAUGGAUGCAAAUAA